AUGGUUCGUGUCCACGAGGAGUCCAGAAUCGACGGCAGACGGCAAACGGCAACCUAUGAACGGCCACACGCCGCUUACGGUUGGUUGGCAGUCGUGCUCCCGCUGUUGCUUGGCGAUGCCGGACUUAAGGGAAUCGGCCUUCGGUCCCGAUGCAUCCGCGGCCCCGGCUCUUUGUUCGCCGAUCGGGCGAGCAUGCUAAAUCGCGGAGCGACAGCGACCGAGCCACCGUCUCCCGAAGGUUGUCAUCCGCAUUGUCCGCAUGCACUUGGCUUGCCAGAUUCAUUGUAUUUUGGGACAAUGGCUGGUGUGCGAGGUUUUGCAGAUCCAAAUGUCCAGAUCAACCCAGACGGCAGGACCACUUUUCAGCAACUGGUCACCGAUCCCGGAGACAUAAACCCUAGACGUCUGCAGUCACUCAACCUGUUCGAGAGACUCUGGCAAUUGGUGCUCUUCCUCUUGGGUCUAUUCAUACCCAAGGAGAGAUCUCUUCUAAAUGCAGAUGUGACACAAUUAACUCCGUGGCAUAUCAAUUAUUUAGGAGGAGACUGGCAUAAGGCGACCCAAUGUUACGGAGGAGGGGAUAAUAGCUGGGAGGCUGGCCACAUUUCAUUCAACGGAGGGCUAUCGAAUAAGUGGGUUUCUACCAAUACCCCGUAUAGUUGGGGCUUUUUCAACCGAGCAGAUGUUCCUAUUCAUUUUGAUAUCGCCGAAGGGUGGACUAUUGGCGAUAUGUAUCAAGAGGGCAUCCUCGCUGCAACAAGUCCAAACCGAGUGUUAUGGAUGAGUGGUACUGUCAAUAGCCCCGGAUCUCCUAACAAUCCAGAUGGGAAUGGAAACAUGAUUCUAGACAAUCAGGCAUCACCAGGUUGUAAAAAGCCACGAGUCAAUUGCUUUCCGUUUACGUGGAAGACAAUCCCCGAGUACUGGCAGGAAGCAGGUGUUGAUUGGCAGCUCUACCAGGAUCCGGAUAAUUUCGAAGACAACUCACUCGCGUAUUUCGUGCAGUACCAGAAGGCGAGUAAGGAUUCAGAACUUCGUAAGCGAGGAAACUCCUAUCUCGGAUUGAAGAGGUUUUAUGAAGACGCGGCUGCAGGUAAGCUUCCGGAGAUUAGCAUCAUUGUUGGGCCAGCAGAGUUGGCCGAGCACAUGCCGUAUCUCCCAUCAGAUGGCGCUUGGCUACAAAAGCAGGUGGUCGACGCAGUCACCCAUAGUCCCAAUUACAACGAGACUGCGCUCAUUCUUAGCUAUGAUGAGGUGGGAGGAUAUGGCGACCAUGUCGUUCCAUUCCAGGCGCCAAAAGGUACGCCUGGCGAAUGGAUUGAAGACCCUUACGGCUUAGUAGGUGAAACAGCGAUUGGGCCAGGCUACAGACUACCAUUCUACAUAAUAUCACCGUGGACUCGCGGAUCUCAAGUAUUCACAGAACACGCAGAUCAUACCUCUCAGAUUAUGUUUCUCGAAACAUGGCUCGAAGCUAAGGGUUACUCGGGUAUUAGAAGCAAGGAGAUGUCACCGUGGAGGCGGGCGCACAUGUCAAAUCUUCCUGAUCUUUCCUUGCCGAACAUAACACGUGCUGAGACUCCAUUAACGUGGUCCCCGCCCAAGAUCAGACCUGACGGGCCGCUUGGUUCCAAUUCUGACAACUACAUCGGAGCCGCCAUGUGUCAGGCGAGGUACAAGACUGCACACCCACCAGUUCCGUACGGGCGUGAAAAUGCAAAUGCGGACCCGGCAAGGCUCGUUGAAGAAGGCUUUAAACAGGUACGAGGGUCAUUAACAGAAGGUCGAUACCUCACUGUCGAAAUGGGCGGCUUUGCUUUGACCAACGAAGGUACUGAAUCUUCGAAUUUGACCAUUAGCAAAGCCACCCCAAAACACGAAGACAUCCGCCAGAGAUGGAUUCUCCGCCUCGUAGGUGAACAGGGUGGGAAUACUUUCAACAUACGAAGUGCUUUUGAUCUGUCAUAUAUUUCAACAAAUCAGACACUAGAAAGAUCUAGAGCCAACGCUCAAAUAUAUGCGAUCACUGAUCUCGGCAAUGGACAGGGUCAUGUUCUCACAGCUAGGAAAUUGACAGGCUCGAUUGAGAACGGUAAAAGCGAAUUAAGAAAGGAGUUCGUUGAGCGUCAAAUAUUAGGUGUUCGUGAUGGUGUUGUUGAAUUUGGACACAAGAUAAUGGGCUGGAAGAUUUUUAGCGUCACGUAUCAUUCCUGA